CCACUUUCGACGUGCACCACCGCAUCCUGGCGAUGGUCAGCGAACGUCUAUGGAGGACGAAGAUGAUUAUGACAACUAUUUCCCUCCCAUUGAUCUGAGCGCACAAGUGCUUGCCGAGCUCGACUCCGUUGAGCGCAAGUUUGCAGCGACACGACUGGCCAAAGAACCUGAAGAGCCCCCAAAACCACCACCUCGAAAGAAGCAGAAGAUACAACACAGCAGCCAAGAGGACAGCCAAUACGACUCGGUACCGAUUGUUCUAGGUUUUGGUGGAAAUUAUUUCACCCAAGGUCGCGAAGAGACUAAUCAGCGACGCGACCCGCCUAUACCCCAGCAGACGAGACAAAGCACUGCCAUUCACACGAGACCUGCACCUGCGAAAGCAUCUCCCAGCUAUGUAUCAUCUCCUGAGGCUCCGCUUCAGCCGAUACAAGAGGCGCAAGCUCAGCAGUCGCGCGCAUUGCAGCCUGUUAGACAGUCCAGUACACCCAUGUUAAAUGGUUCCCCGCAAGUCGCGUCCCGGAUGCAGACACCACAAGUCGUGGCUCACUCGAAGCAGAAUACCUGGAAUCAUCGAUCUCCGAGCAACAGUGCAGUGGCAGGUCCAUCAAGGCCGUCGCCUGAACCUCUGUCUGCCGGACAAUCCUACGCCCAGGGACAACGACCGCAUGCCAUACAACAGCUUUCCCGCCAGAGUUCUGUAUCUGUUACGGUACCUGCUCGUCAUACGCACAUGGCCCCUGUCAAUGCCCAGAAUCAAGUUGAGCACCAGGUACAGCGGAAUUCGAACGCACCCGUCAUGCAGGCCCGAAAUAAACUGCCACUUGAAGCGCAACCGCUAAGCCCUUUAGACAGGCAGUCUUCUAACAAUACCCAUGUUCCCCAGCAGAGCGCACGGCCUGUUCAUGGCGGCAAGAAACCUAACCACGCCUCCAAUCUGGAGUUGAGCAUCCUGAGGGCACAGGUCGCAGAACUCCAAAGCAGGGUAGAAGUCGCGGAAGAGGCGCGAUAUUUGAAGGAAGGCGAAGUAAGCAUACUCAGGGCCGGUAUCACGAAACAUACGCAAGAUCACAUGGCUGAGAUUGCACGUCUUCAAGCUGCAAGAGAAGCUGCGGAGGCCGCAAAAUUGCAGCUUGUGAAGGAGCAGAAGGAAGAGGUCGAACGACUCAAGACUCAGUACACCUUCCGUCAACACGAAUUGGAGACCUCUUCGCGUAAGCCACCAUGGUCUGCACAAGCCAAGAAGAUCCAGAGCCGACCUAUUGGCUCCCCGAUCGGGACACCUCUGCAGAUGCGCGCAUGGAAUCCUCCUCGGAUCGCCCAGCCGUCAAGUCAAGUAGCGCAGACCCCUCGAAGACCUCGCUUUGGUGAGAUAAUUGUCAGCCCAAAGUUUGCUCAUCCGAAGAUGCUAUUGCCCCCACCCGGUCCGGUCCUGCCUGGUUGGCAGAAUUCGUUCGCGCCGUCCGCCAAGCCAGCAUCGCAGUUGGCAAAAGACAAGGGCAAAGGGCGUUUGCGGGAGCCGACAGUCGCCGAAGAUGACGGACAGGCAUUCUUCGCGCCCGCCUCUUCACCCCCGAGUCCAAGUCCGUUCAAAGAACAUCGCCCGCUGCCCGAUACUACUGCGGUAGAAUAUGUCGCUGUAUCGUCAAAGUCGCCUGCGUCGGCCCCAGAACCUUCAACCCAGGCACCACUCCCUUCAGAACAGGAAGACGAGGACAUCAAGAUAGACGUUAAAAUGGUGGACGACGAGAUGGAAGGCUUCAAGACGGAGGACGUCACUGCCGGGACGCAAGAGGAGGAGAGCCAUGAGAUCGAAUCACCAAACUGGCGAGACGAAUUCCAACGUCUACUGUUCGCGCACCGUGCACCUGGAUCAGAUAUGCCAACCUUGCAUUCACUGCUCAAUUCAUCCAUACCAGCCUCGGCGGCGGCAGACCUACAAAAGAAGUACACAUCGAUUUGCGCAAAGGUAAUGGAGCAUCUGGGGUUGUCAUUUAGACUAGGAGAUUGGGACGCCUACAUUCAGAUAUUCUCUAAUAUCAUCGCCGAACUGGCCUGCAUUCUAGCCACAACCGCGGUGCUCUCGCGGCUAUCUGCUCUGUUCGAUUUGCUCCGAACGCUAUGUUACACGAUCCCUUCUUUCACUGUCGCAUUAAUGACUCCGCCCGCUGACAAUGCAUCGCCACGUAUUCUGACCGCAAUAUGCGACGUCAUACGCACCUAUGGGGAAUACGCAAAAAUGGCGGAGAAUGCUGACGAGCGUAAUGCGCUGGUACAGUUAACAUUUUCCUUACUGGAAGCAUUGGCAUGGAAUAUCCCAGAAGACCUAGUUUCCCAUUUGUCGAUCGUCAUCCGGCGUCACGAAUUUAUGUCUAUAUUUAUUACUCGCAACCAGCCUGUGGGCAUAAUGACGCACUCGGUGAAACUGCUUGCUUUGCUCGCAACGCAUCCUACUCUCUUCCGUCACCUGCUGUCGCCACCAGAGAAAGGGGAGAGCGAAGAAGCUCAGAGCAAAGACCUCGGGAAUCGGCUCUUUCGCAUUCACUCGCUGUGCUACUGUCUCAUAGAGCCCUGUCGAGAUGGUCCGGAACACAAUGAAUUGAAAGAUGCGAUCAUGACAUUCUUCACCACGCUCUCACUCGCGCAUCCGGAUGCGCUCACCAUCUUACUAAAAUCUCGCGCCCUAAUACCAUCUGUCAUCAUAUACCUAUCUAACUUAGCCACGCCGAUCUGGGAAGAGGACGAGGAGCUGGUGUCUUCGCCAGAGGAGGCCUCCCGUCUUGCCAGAAAGAUCCUUCGUGCUAUUGCCCUGUUAUAUUAUCUAAUAUUUACACCCGACCCACCGUUCGACCUUCGACAUCAGUUGCAUCGGCCGCCUGCACGUCACCUGAUGUCCAUUGCCCAUGUCUUCACAGUCACUAUGAGCCGCAUAGGCUACACGAGCCUUCCUAGCUGGCUGAGUGAGGAGCAGAGGUCUAUACUCUCGCAAGCAGUCGGCAUGUCGAAACUGCUUCUCGAGCAAGUCGUUGACGGUCCUGAACUGGACGCCAUAUGGACUGCGUUCCAUGAAGAUGAUCCCCCGGCCGGAGGUGGGGAUGAAGACGAGGAAAACGAAGCCCGGCUGCUGCACCCUGCUGAGGACACCGACCAGUAACAUAUGUUCUCAUUACUCGCGCGACCCCGUAAUACAUAGAUGUUCUUGGUUUGCCGAAUGCAUCUUCCUAGGCCUGGA